AUGAGGAACCUGCCUGUUACACGAAUGCAAGUCUCUCUCCCUCCCUCUACCCCCCCCACUCUCUCUCAGGGUCACACGGUGGACACUAACAGUGCCUUCCUGUCGCGAGCGCUGAGGAAGCUGGGAGUGUGUGUCCAGCGUGUCACAGUAAUCCCAGACCAGCAGGAGGUCAUCUCUAAGGAGGUGGCCCUCCUGGCCCCACAGUACACACACCUGCUCACCUCUGGGGGAAUAGGCCCCACCCACGACGACGUCACCUUCGAGGGUGUUGCCAUGGCGUUCGAGGAGGAACUGCAUGCCCACCCGGAGCUGGCCCGUUUGGUGGAGGAGUUCUUUGGGGUGGUGGAUAGGGAGAAUGCAGCCAUGAAGCUAGCCAUGGUCCCCCGCUCGGCCAAGCUCAACUACGGCACUGAUCCUCAGACUGGACAGCCACUACGCUACCCACUGGUCAGUGGCUGACUACUGUUAAACAAAAAAUAUAUUUGGGUAUUUUUUUCCUCAUUAGUUCACUGUUGAUACAGUCCCUAAAUUCUUUGAAUGUUAGCAGUCAAGUCAAGAUAUUGGACUUUCAAGAAGUAAAACGUCACUUGCCACAUCAUCAUGAUGAUGCAAAAUGCAUCAUGUGAUUCCUUUAACAUGUAAGGGAUAAACGCCCACGUUCUGUACAUUACCUUGGAAACAAUGGACGGCAGAGCGGGAUGAGGCGGAGCCAACUAGCUACAGCAACACAGUCCCGACCUCUGCAGCCGAAUAACAGCAAAGUUUAUUUUGUUUAAGCUGUUUAUCCCGCUUAUACCACAUUUGUCAAUGAAAACAAUACUAAGCACACAUUUACCGGUAGAAAUAAAAUGUUUUUGUUG